AUGGCGACCGGUUUAGCGAUGAACCGAUACUCAAUUUCGGUAUUUAGAACAGCCGAUGUAUUACUAAACCGGCCAACGGCCUCCGUCGUCAGGAACUUCAAACUCAACCGCCGACUAAUCAGAAACUGCUCGAUCGCAGCGGUUCCUUUCGUCGUCGCCGACGACGAGAAGUACGGUAACAAACAGGUCAUCAGCCUCACUCCUCGCCUCUACGACUACGUCCUCUCCAACGUUCGCGAGCCUGAGAUUCUGAAGCUUCUUCGUGAAGAGACUGCGAAAAUGCGAGGUAGUCAGAUGCAGGUAUCUCCUGAUCAAGCGCAGUUACUAGCAAUGCUUGUGCAGAUUCUUGGAGCUGAGAGGUGUAUCGAAGUAGGAGUUUACACGGGGUAUUCAUCGUUGGCUGUAGCGUUGGCUCUACCUGAAUCAGGACGUAUUGUUGCUUGUGAAAGAGACUCUAACUCUCUUGAAGUUGCUAAGAGGUAUUACGAGCUUGCUGGUGUCUCUCACAAGGUUGCUGUGAAACAUGGACUCGCAGCAGAGUCGUUGAAGUCAAUGAUUGAGAACGGUGAAGGAUCCAGUUAUGAUUUUGCAUUUGUGGAUGCUGAUAAGAGGAUGUACCAGGACUACUUCGAAUUGCUUCUUCAACUUGUAAGGGUUGGUGGAGUUAUUGUGAUGGAUAAUGUUCUUUGGCAUGGACGAGUUGCAGAUCCUAUGGUGGAUGAUGCAAAGACCAUUAGCAUUAGAGAUUUCAACAAGAAGUUAAUGGAUGACGAACGUGUAAGCAUUAGUAUGGUACCAAUUGGUGAUGGCAUGACGAUAUGUCGCAAGAGAUAA